GAGUGCCCCCUAUAGAGCAGAGGUGUAAGUAACGAACUACAUUUCCUCUCGGUGCUGUAAUUGAGUAGUUUUCCCCGUAACGGUACUUUUUGGAGUAGAGUUCAAUCAGAGCACUUUUACUCUACUUGAGUUCAUUUUUACUGAAACACUUUUACUUCACUACUUUGAUCUUCAUAACGUUACAGAGUGAAAUAAAUGAUGAGCGAAUCAGCUCCGAAACCAGUCAGACGAACCCACCAAUCAAAAAACAGCAGCUCCGGCAGGAAAAACACCACAGAGAUGACCAGUUUAGUGGUGAAGGACAGAGGAGAACUGAACCAGCACACAGGAGGAACUGACCAUCCAAACGGUCAUCUGUGUUCAUUUAACACGAACUAAAGAAAACGGCGUUAUUAUCAGCGGCCGAACACGAAACCUGCUGAGAUCCGCCCUCACAGGUCCACUCCAGCCGAGCCAGCUGAUCGAGCUGAACAGAAAAAGAGGAGGGGGGUGACGUAGAUGGAGCGCUGACAGCUGUGGGUGUGGAAGAACUGUGAUUGGCCGAGAUGAAGGACAGGCAGAAAACCUAACUGAGUCUGCUCAUUGUGAAGUGUGAGUCUCAGGCAGUGCGUGUAAGUGAGUGUGUGUGUGUGUGUGUGUGAGAGAGAGAGAGAGAGAGAGAACACAGCGAGUUUGUUCUAAUAAAUAAGUGAGUGAAAGUGGAAAUAGACGUGCAGCAGUGGGGAGGAAGAGUUACACUUAUUUUGGAGGCUUCCACUCACAGAGGGACGCUGAGUGUGCUUGAGCUCUAAAUGGACCUUUAACUGGAUUGUGUUUCGGCCUGUUAAUCACAGAUGGAGACCCUCUUUGCCAAAGCUCUCUACGACAACACGGCAGAAAGCCCGGAUGAAUUGGCUUUCCACAAGGGCGACAUUGUUACGGUGAUAGAGCAGAAUGUGGAGGGAAUCACUGGCUGGUGGAAAUGCUCUCUACAUGGAAAGGAAGGUUUGGCCCCAGCCAACCGCCUGAUGCGCCUUUCGCAAGCAGAGGCUGAAGCCCUGGGCCUCAGAACCCAGAACAUCUAUCAAAUCCCCAAAGUGCCACAGCCCUUAGCAGCCAGCCCAACUUAUGAGAUCAUGGAGCGCAUCUAUAAGGUGCCCUCCAUGCAAGCGGCUCAAGUCACCAUGCCUUUCCCACAGAAACACAAAACACCGGAGGUGCCUGAGGGAACCGUCUCUCCACACAGGAUGGUACGGCCUUCCGCCAGUCCCGAUUCAGAUGUGUAUGAUGUUCCAAACCUUGCUAGAAAAGGCUCCCUAAUAACAACAGCAUCACCACGACCUUUGGUACGGAACAUCUCUCUGUUGCAAGCCACAGAGAUCCAGAAGAGAUAUGAAACCAUGGAAAAUAGAAAGUGGAAACAAUGCCAGAACAACGUUUAUAUAGUACCACCCUCAAUCCCUCAAGAGCCCAACUAUGACAUCCCUGUGCCUUCAAACAGUGAAGCUCAUCAAAGGGUGGCUUGUGGCUACAGCACUAUGCCCAACCCACGCAAAUCUGAAUGGAUCUACGAUGUGCCUGUGGCACCCGAGAAGUCCAGAGGUGAAGCUGCUAACUCCGGCACCAUUCCGUCCAAAUGCAUGAAUUCAGGCAAACAACUUUAUGACACACUGCCGGCACGAGUUUGGCCUGCAACAACCUCUGCAAGCUCCCUCUACGACAUCCCAAAAUCUAGCAUGGCUGCGCAACAAAGUGUAGACUCUAGCAAGCCAGGGAAUGAAGGCAUCUAUGAUGUACCACCUGCCGCCAAGCAAAAAGAAACCUCUCUGGAGGUUCUACCACUUCAAAAGCAGCAAAAGGUAAACUUGAAUGAUUCUGACAAGGGUCCUGUUCCUCUCGAGUACAGAGGUAACAGUGGACCCAUGUAUGACUUUCCUCGAGGACGCCCAUCAUGGGGCAGAAAGGCAAAGAUGUCUAAUCAGUCCCAAGAGGGAGCAAUUAGCAUGGAGAGUGAGGAGAGUGUGGAGAAAGGCAGAGGUCUGUCUCUGUCUGAAAACCAACGUAGCUCAACCGCGUCAACUUCCUCUACCACCUCCAGCUCUUCCAGGAGCUCUUGUGACUCCCUGAUGCUAAGUUCUCCUUCUCCCGAGCUUCUAAGGGAGAUCACAAUGUCCCAGGAAGAUGUGUCCCAAAAGUUGUUGGAUCUCCAGGAAGUGGUGUGUAAAGCCAUUCCGAAACUCAUGGACUUUGUUAGCAGCCGCUGGAGAUGCCGGGAGCAUCUUGGCCAGCAUCUCCAGGAAAUUCGCAUAGCAGCCGAGGAUGUGGCAAAUUCAGUCAACAGCUUCCUUGAUUUUGUUCUGGAUGUCAGAGGGAAUGCCCGGCGACUGACUGAUUCCAACUUGCAGGCACGGCUCCAGAAGCAGCUCUCCAUUGUGGAAGACUCAGGACUCAUUCUUCAGGAGUCUGUGCAAGAUCUUGGUGGCUUGGGCUGGUCUCUAGAUGCUCUGGUUCAGGAUCCUGAACAGCCACACACUCCAGAUCAGCUUGAACGCUUUGUCAUGGUGGCCCGAACUGUGCCUGAAGAUGUGAAGCGUCUAGUGUCCAUCCUCAAUGCUAAUGGCAAGCUUCUGUUUAGAAGCUCUUCAAAGGAGCCAGAGACAUCGAAGAACGCCAGUCCCUCUGACAGAGGAACAAGCCUAGGCAGGAAUGAAACACUGCCAGACUCAGAGGGAGAUGACAAUGAUUACGUACAGCUUCAGACAAAGACAGAGUUUGAACAGCAACAGCAAAUAAAAGAAAAAGACGACACAAAAACAGACACAAAUGAAGGAAAUAAAGGAAAACAGGUUUCCAAACCGGUGCCUCCCAGACCUCCCAGCAAAAGCCAAAGUCCCAGCAAGUCCCAAAUCUCAGACCACUGCCGUCUUUACUUUGGAGCCAUCAAGAAAGCCAUCACUGUGUUUGUUGGUAGCUUGGAAGAGGGCCAGCCACCUGAGAAGUUCAUUGCCCAUGGCAAGCUGGUGAUCAUGGUGGGUCAGAGGCUGAUGGACUCCCUGUGCUCUGAAGCCCAGAGCAGACCAGACUGUCAGGAACUUCUAUGCAAGAGCAACCACCUAUGUGCCCUGCUCAAGCAACUGGCCGUGGCUACUAAGAAGGCUGCCCUGCACUUUCCUGACAAAGUGGCCAUCCAGGAAGCGAGAGACUUUGCCAAAGAACUGGCUCAGAGGGCUCAUCACUUUCGCAUGUCUUUGGAUCUCUAAGGCAGUGGUUCUCAGUCCUGGUCAUGGAGCAGCCUUGCCCUGCACGGUUUAGUUAUUUAGAUUAGAUUACAUUAACUAUUACAUAAACUAUAGUGGACAUUUGUCUUUGGGUUCUCCUCACAUAUAUAAACAAAAUAAUAAUCAUCUUUAUUUAUAUAGCACACACAUAGCACAUAGUUGGGACACUGUGUGAAAUGUAAAUGAAAACUAAAAAUGCAGAAUUUGCAAAUCCACUUUGACCUGCAUUCAAACAAACAGUACAAAGACAAAGAUACUUAAUAUUUACCUUAUGGACCUAAAUAUAUAAUCAAUCUGAAAUUGAGGCCUACAACAUGUUCCAAAAGCACUGUAAGACUAGGAACGUCCGGCCUCAUUUACGAUUCUCUUAAAAUUGUUCUUGACAAACGUCCUUAGAAAAAGCCUACGUCAGAUUCAUGAUUAAACUGCAGAACUGUUCUCACCUUUGUGCUCUUGAGUGUGUGUAGAUU